GGCGGGAUGUCUGGUUGCACGGUAACGUGUGUUUACGGCUUUAUAAAAACAAAGAUCGUAUAAGUGACAUCUAUUCAGUUUAAUGGUAUGAAGCGGAUCGGUCCGAAGAACAUUGUUGUAGUUGUUGGAUUAGUUUAGAGAGUCUUUGGCUCCAGCGGAGUUCUUUAGCCUCUAGGCCCGCAGAACAUAUUUACUUAAAGCAACUAUUUAGUGUCUAGUGUGGUAUAGUUUAGAAGAGCUCUUUCUUAUUCAUCCGUGAUUUUAAAAUUCAUGAAAAUCUAAUUAAAAGUAAACUAAUAACAAACGUUGAUAAGACAAACACCAAGUUCAUUUUGGUCUCACAAUUGAUGUGUGACUGCAUAAACAUGCGACAUACUAGAUUUGAAGUGGUUAUUUUCUACUUCAUUGCACUCACAACAAAAGUGCAAGUUUCUAGUGAGAAAUUACCUAUUGUUUUGUGGCACGGCAUGGGUGAUACAUGUUGCUUUCCGUUCAGUUUGGGCGGUGUGACAAAAUUUCUAGAAUCUGAAAUCAAUGUUUACGUAAAAUCGAUUGAAAUCGGAAAUUCUAUAACUGAAGAUUUUAAAAGUGGUUACUUAAUUCAUCCCAAUCAACAGGUCAAUAUGGUUUGUGAAGAUCUAAGCACGGAUGCUCAAUUGAAGGGUGGAUUCAAUGCUAUUGGAUUUUCUCAGGGAAGUCAGUUUUUGCGAGCACUGGUGCAAAGAUGUUCAACUCUACGCAUACAUAAUUUGAUUACAUUGGGUGGUCAACAUCAGGGGGUUUUUGGAUUACCAAACUGUCCUUCAAUAAGCAGUCGAACAUGUGAACGGUUUCGGCUGCUUCUAAACUAUGCCGCAUAUACAGAUUUGAUGCAAAAUUUUCUCGUUCAAGCCACGUAUUGGCAUGAUCCGCUGAAUGAAAGUAAAUACAGAACUUCUAGCACAUUUUUAGCGGAUAUUAAUAACGAGCAGUUCAUCAACAAAACCUAUGUGAAAAAUUUACAAAAAUUGAAUAAAUUUGUAAUGGUUCAAUUUAAUAAUGAUAGCAUAGUUCAACCAUUACAAACCCAAUGGUUUGGUUAUUACAAACCUGGACAGGAUAAAGAAAUACAGGGCCUCAAGGAAACCAAUAUCUAUAUCGAGGAUCGACUUGGUCUAAAAAAGAUGGACGAUCAAAAUAAAAUCGUAUUUCUCGAGUGUGAGGGCAAUCAUCUUCAAUUUACGAAAGAAUGGUUUAGAGAAAAUCUCUUUAGUUAUUUGAAAUAACUGAAUCAUGAGUAGGAUUUCAAUGCUGAAUAUAUCUGAAAGCGAAUUUGUAGAAUGUAUCGUAUACAAAUAAAAUACUUCAGCUAUAAUCUGUUAAA